UAAAGGUAACUUUGUCGAGAUCCCUUAUUGAAAGCUUGUCUACGCAGGGUCUGAGUCACGUCUCAGAAAAAGAAGUUGUGUAUCCAUUUACAAAACCUUUCAAAAGUAUUCACACCCAUUUGACAUAUUAUUGUGUUUCAACGUGAUAUAAAAAUUAAUUAUAUUAGGAGUUAUUGCCACUGAUCAACACAAAAAGUCCAUUAUCUCAAAUUGAAAAAUAAAACCUGUAAAUUGUGAAUCCUUUUGAAAGGCACUGUAACAGCCUUUAAACAGUACAUCAAUGUUGUAUGGUCAUAUAAAGUGUACUUUUAUAGCUAUGUAUGUGAAAAAACAACCUAUUAAGCUUGGUAUCAAUAUUAGGCUAUGACACUGUGUACAAUGCACUUAUAAAACAAAAAUGGUAUUCUUAAUAAUUAGCAUACUAAUCCUUAAGGCUUUAUACUUCAUUCAAUUAAAACUUAAUGGUGGCCUCUUACUGAGUCAUUUGUUAUAUUUAGAGAUGUACCCUGCAAAGCCCUCUGGACCAUCUAAUGUGACUGAAGGGACCACAAUACAUUUCAAGUGUCAAACUAAUAGCAUCACUAUAAGCGGGGACAUGGUUCAUUUUUACCUUUGCAAGGAUGGAGUUGGGAUACAAAUGGCACCAAUGAAGAAAGGUGCUGAAUCUAUUUUCUUGUUAAAAGAAGUAAAAAAACAAGACUCGGGCAAGUACAGCUGUGUGUACAGCAAAUGUAAACACCCAGUCAGUCAAGUGAAGUCAACAGGGGAUUAUCUGGUCUUAUGGGUCAACAGAGACGAAGAUGUGGAAGGUGGACAAAAGACAAAAGACGUUUUCUUUGUCCCCAUAUUAUUGUCAGUGUCAAUUCUGCUUUUAGUUUUACUCUGGAGUUGCUUGGGCAUCGUGAAACAAAAGAUAUGUAGUGACCAUAGACCAAGUGAGAUUCAGGAUAUGGGUCAAACCUACAGUGGAAUCUCUUCUGUACCAGUUGAUGUCACUAGUGAGAUCCCUCUUGAUGUUGAAGAAGCAGCCUAUUCUGUGAUAGAUAAUUGGAGAGGAUUGAGACCAUCACUUACACAAAGACAAUCUGGACCCAUGGAUUCACAACAUGUGUCAGUCAUGGGAUCGGAUGUGCAUCACUCUCAAAAAGAUCCUACAGGAGAGGAGGCAAAAUGCAGUUCACUACAAACUACAGCGAUAAGACCAGAAACACAAGUUGAAAAUGCCACCUAUGCCCAAGUGAUCAAAACCAAGAAGAAAGGAAAUGAGCCUGUGUACAGUCUUCUGAUGAAAAAAUAGAGGACAUUGUGCUACUGUCAACUUUGUCAUUCCAGUUUAUAAAAUAGUAUUCAGUGUGCCUUGAAAGGAUGUAAACACCUUGUGCAAUUAUAGCUCUUUAGUUUUCAACCGUGAAAUGUUUAAUUGAUGAGAACCUUUUUUCAUCUGACAAAACAGCUUUAUAGUUACCUAUUGCAUUUGUUGGUUUAUAGGAAAUCAUGCAUUUAGUAGAUAAAUAAAAUACAAAAUUAAUUAAUGUAGAUGCAAAAAUAAAUAUAGCUCAAUCUGAAGUGGUUAAAUCCAGUAGGUAAGUAGAAUCAGGUCUGUAAUUAAUUGGGUAACAAAUGAACCCAUCGAAGUAGGGAUCUGUAGGAAAGAGUUUAAGUGGGACAUGCAACCUGGUCAGUUUGGUGUUACCCAUACAGGUAAAUGCAAAAAAACACCAUGCCAAAGUAAAGGAGUUCUCUGCGAACAUCAAGAAGAGGGUAAUGUGAGCAAAUCAGUCUGAGGAAAGCUAUACAACCAUCUAAAAAGGUAUGCUCCAGUAGUCCACUGUGAAGCAAUCAUUUACAGAUGGAAAGCAAUUAACAUCACCGCAACUCAGCUUAGAAGUGGAUGUCCUUCCAAAAUAUCCCCUAGAGCCCCUGGUCAACUGCACGUCAUCAACUUUAUAAUGAAUUCUGAGGUUUCCCAGGAGUUUCUUGAACAGAAUGUAAGGCCAUCAGUCAAUAAUGGAUGGCCUUACAAGACAAUGACGAAACUAUUUGUGUUUUGGAUUGGCCAAACCAUAGUUCUAACCGUAAUCCAAUUCCAAUGGUUUGGCAGGAUUUGAAGCGUGCAGUAAAUGCCAGACAACCCUCAAACCUCACCCAAUUGGUGGAGAUCCAUAAAGAGGAGUGACCAAAAAUCUUUACCAGAGACAUUAAAUCAAAGUUAUCACUGCUAAUUGAGGUGACAAAAGCUAUUAAAUUAAGGGGUUUCACAUAUUUUUGUACACAUUAAAUCACUUUUGUAAAAUGAACAAUGAACAUAUAUGCUUUUGUUUGUGUCCUUUAUUUGUCUUUAUUACAAAUUAGGGUUUCACAAAGG